AUGAUUGUGGACGUCAGGAAGAGCACUGUUCCCCCGCCCCCACCCUCCGUGAUGGACUCCCCCAUCACCUCUGUGGAGUCCUAUCGUUUCCUGGGCACCACCAUCACCCAGGACCUCAAGUGGGAGCCGACCAUCAGCUCCCUCAUCAAGAAGGCCCAGCAGAGGAUGUACUUCCUGCGGCAGCUCAGGAAAGCCAAGCUGCCUGCACAGAUGUUGGUGCAGUUCUACACGGCCAUCAUCGAGUCCAUCCUCACCUCCUCCAUCACCUCCUCAUCACCUCCUCCAUCACCUCCUCCAUCACCUCCUCCAUCACCUCCUCCAUCACCUCCUCCAUCACCUCCUCAUCACCUCCUCCAUCACCUCCUCCAUCACCGUGUGGUUCUACAGCGCAUCGUGCGCUUUGUAGAGAAGGUGAUUGGCUGCAGCCUUCCAUCGCUGCAGGACCUGUCCACCACACCAGUGCCUUAUCCCAUUGCCCUAAUGGUACCAGACAGUGCGGCAUUUGCACAGAGCAGUAAAAUCAUCAGCUCUGCAUCGGCCGCGCUUCAUCCUAGCUCUCCAUGA